AUGGAGGUGGUCAGGACCGACAAAUAUCUGGGGCUGCAGUUGGACGACAAGCUGGACUGGACUGCAAAUAUGGACACUCUUCACAAGAAAGGGCAGAGGUGUCUGUCCUUUCUGAGAAGGCUGGGACCGACGAAGCUGCGUCUCCAAGGAAGUCUGGUUUGUGACGGCCGCUCUCACUGCUGGGAUGGCUCGGAUGAGCUCAACUGUCGGAGUGAAACUCUUCCUGCAGCUCGAGCAAACGUCCUGAGGUGUCGCCUCGGCUCCAAACUGUGUCGAGAUGAGACAGAAUGUGUUCUCUUCAGUCACGUUUGUGAUGGAGAGAGAGACUGCCCCGACGGAUCUGAUGAAGAAGGAUGUGAUGUCAACUCAAAUGAUUCUCCUUUGCCCGUCGAGACAUCUACUGAGCCUCCCACUAAGCCAUCCUGCAACAGCCCUUCAGUUCUGUGUCCAGACUCUUCUUUAUGCAUCAACCCAACACAGUUUUGUGAUGGAAGGAAAGACUGUCCUGAUGGAUCUGAUGAGGACUGUGUGAAAAGAUGCCCAUACAAGACUGACUUCCGCUGCAAAGACAGUCGGAGCUGCGUCUCCAAGAGUCUGGUUUGUGACGGUCGCUCUCACUGCCGGGAUGGCUCGGAUGAGGUGGACUGCCCAAACGUAGCUUCGCCUUUAGCACAAGCAAACGUCCUGAAGUGCCGUGUGGGAUCAAAGCCAUGUAAUGACGGAAAAGAGUGUGUUUUAUAUAGCCACGUUUGUGACGGAGAGAAUGACUGUAUGGAUGGAUCUGAUGAACAGGGAUGCCAAGAAACCUGCAAACAAGGUGAGUUUCAGUGCGCCCACGGGAAGAUGUGCAUCCCGGAAGCUGAGGUGUGUGAUGGCACGUCGCAGUGUCGGGAUCAGUCUGAUGAACUGGACUGUUGGACAAAAAGCAAUCCCUGCGAGCAUCGCUGUACCGACGACAAGCGCUGCAUCCCAAAUAAAUUCCUCUGCGAUGGAGAGAAAGACUGCGUGGAUGGCACGGAUGAGAUGGGCUGCGACCCUGUUACUGCUGCGACAGAGUCUCCUAUUCUCACUCCCGGAUCAACUUGCAUCGCUCCUUCGGUUCUCUGUCCUCAUUCAUCCCAGUGCAUCUCUCAAAACCUGCUGUGUGAUGGACAAAUGGACUGCCCUGAUGGAUUUGAUGAAAAUAAUUGUAUGGGCCAAUGCAAAAAUCCAGAUGAAUUUCUAUGCAGUGACCGAAGCAUGUGCGUCCCCAAAACGGAAGUGUGCGAUGGCCGUGCCCACUGUUACGACGGCUCAGAUGAGAAGCACUGUCAAUCAGCACAUCCUACUGCUCCCUCCUCCAACAAGUCGAGUGCCAGAUCAACCCCACUGAGUUGCCGCAAUAGUUUCAAGCCAUGUAAAGACGGCCUGGAGUGUGUUAUGUUCAGCCAUGUGUGCGAUGGAGAGAGAGACUGCCAGGAUGGAUCAGACGAAGAGGGAUGUGCUGCUCGGUGCAAAGCAGAUGAGUUCCAGUGUGCUCACGGGAAUAGAUGUGUCCCACUGGAGAAAGUGUGCGAUGGGCAGAACGACUGUCAGGACCAAUCCGAUGAAAUUAGUUGUUCAAGUGUGACUGAGAGCUGCCAACAGCGCUGUGAUAACAACACUCGCUGUAUACCAGAGACCUUCCUGUGUGAUGGCGAGAGAGACUGCGUUGAUGGGUCGGAUGAAGUAAAGUGUGGUUUGGUAGACUGUGCGAUUAACCAGUAUCGCUGUCUUAGCGGUCAGUGUGUGUCUGAGGCCCUGAGGUGUGAUGGAUAUCCAGACUGCAAUGACCGUUCUGAUGAGCUGUAUUGCACAAGACCCCCGCGCUGUCCAACACAGCGCCGAUGCCCGAACAGCCACGAGUGCCUGCAGAAAGAGUGGCUCUGUGACGGCGAAGACGACUGCAAAGACGGGUCAGACGAGAAGAACUGCAUGUCGUCACCAGCAAAGUGCAGGGAAUACCAGUUGCAGUGUGGAGACCAAAGUCAAUGCAUCCCUCUGUCAUGGAGGUGUGACGGGAAGGAAGACUGCCACAACAGCGCAGACGAGGACAAAUGCAGCCAGAGAAAAUGCCCCUCUCACCUUUACCAGUGUGGCAGCGGUGAGUGUCUGGACUCCCGCCUGGUGUGUAAUGGCAUUACCAACUGUGUCGACACUUCCGACGAGGGCACGGGAUGUGUGCAACACAACUGUACCAGCCCGUCAGCACCUCGGUGUGACUACCACUGUGUCAGCACGCCAAAAGGACCGAAGUGUUACUGUGCUGCUGGUUUCAGACUAAAGUCCAAUGGUGUCUCCUGUGUGGACAUUGACGAGUGCAAUGCAGUGCCACAUGCCGUAUGCAAACACACCUGCCUGAACACCGACGGGUCCUACGUCUGUCAAUGCCUCCCUGGCUUCUACAUGGAGCCUGACAACAAAAGCUGCAAGACCAAAAACGAGCCUUUGCUUCUGGCGUCAGUGCAGUCCGAGCUCUUACUACAUGGAGUCCAUAGUGGCACCUUGCGUAUUCUGUCCUCUACCAACCGGCCAGUCUUCUCACUGGAUUAUCACUGGGCUCACCAGAGAGUUUACUGGCUGAGCACCGACUACCAGAGCAUCCGCUGGGCUGACAUGACAACUCAGGACAACAGAGGGACACUUAUCAAAGGAGUGAAGUCGGAUUCAAUCGCGGUGGACUGGAUUGGUAAGAACCUGUACUGGGUGGAUGGACUGGUGGGCCAGAUUCUGGCUGUGAAGCUGAGGGAUACCACAGUGAGAUCUCAGGACUACACUGUGGUCCUGGGCGAAGAUCUGGAGCAGCCAAGCUCAUUGGUCCUGCUGCCACACAGAGGAAUGAUGCUUUGGUCUGAGAUCGGCAGCACCCCUCAGAUCGAGCGCGCUGGGAUGGACGGUUCAAAGAGGAAGGUGGUGGUGAGCCGAGGCCUGAUGUGGCCAGUCAGUCUGGCCUAUGACUUCCUGGACAACAGGGUGUACUGGGCCGACGAGAAGCUGCGCUGCAUCGGCUCGGCCUCUCUGGAUGGAGACAACGUCAAGAUCCUCCAGUUAGCCGAAACACCGAGCCCUUUCUCUGUGGCGGUGUUCAAUGACAGGAUGUUCUGGUCCGACACGAAAAGAAGAACCAUCCGCUCAGCUGACAAGAACACCGGCAAAGAUCAAAAGGUUCUUUUGAAGAGACCAGGGCAGCCAUUUGGACUGAAACUGAUGCAUACCCUUUCCCAGCAAGCCAUUCGCAGCCCCUGUGAGCAGCUACACUGCUCCCACCUCUGCAUCCUGGCCCCGGCCACGAGCGACAAAUCUGGAGCACUGGGGUCGCCGGGAGCUCCAGUGAGGCCUACGGCAGUGUGCCGAUGCCCAAAGGGGCUGCUCCUUUCCCAGGACAAAAUGACCUGCUCUCUGCCUGUGGAGUCGACGUUCAUCAUGCUUCUGUCUCCUACCACAGUCUAUCAGAUCCACUUGAAGUCCAUGCGUCGUGAUGGUGUUGCUCUGAAAAAGAUGCCAAACGGCCGAGCCUUAGCCCUGCCCGGGGUAACCGAGGCAUCGGGACUGGAUGUGUCCAUCCAGGAGCUUUCUGUGUAUGUGGCUGACGCAGGACAAGGAUCUGUGAAUGUGCUGAAACUGAGCAACUCCAGGUCGAGACAGGGACUGAUGCCCUCUGGACAAAUCCUAAAGCUGGGGGAUGAUGCAGUCACAGCUCUGGCAGUUGACUGGGUGACCUCCAACCUCUACUGGAGCAGCACUGCGAGGCCUGAUCUUCAUGUGACCUCCCACCUCAACGGAUACACCACCUCACUGCUGCAGGGAUCACUGAAGGCCACCACGUCCAUUGCACUGCAUCCUUCCUCGGGACGACUUUGCUACACAGCGAUAGUCAUGCCAGGGGGAAAGAGCCAGACCGAGGUGAACUGCGCCUGGAUGGAUGGCCGUAACAAAGCGGUACUGUGGAAGAAAUCCAUCCUCCCCACCACGGUGGUCUUUUCCAAUCAAGAUCCAAACAUGAUUUACUGGGCUGACACAGGGGAAGGUGUUAUCAGCUCUAUUGGAGUGGAUGGAAAGGGAUAUAAACGGUACAGAACCCGGUCAGGUCUGCUCAUCUCCUUUACACACGUUGGGAACAUCCUCCUCUGGGUCACCCUGGACAAAGAUGUAAACAAACUGUGGUUCAGUGACGGCCUCCAGUCUAACCAACUGUGGUUUGAGACAAAGACGAGCGUGGUGGAAGUCAAAGCCUACAGCAACGACAGUCAGUCUGGAACUAAUGGCUGCUCCGAGAACAACGGGGGAUGUGUCCAGCUGUGCCUGCCCUAUCCCGGAGGUCACGUGUGUAAAUGCGGCCGGGGCUUCUACGCCACCAAUGGUACUUCCUGUGCUGCGCUCCCCGACUGCCCCACUGGGGAAGAAUCCUGUUUUGACGGUAGCAAGUGUAUCAGCAGCAGCAAGUUCUGUGACGGACACAUGGACUGUCCAGACCAGUCGGAUGAACAGGACUGUCCAAACACAAACUCCAAACCCAGUGAUGGCCGCCCUCCCUAUUCUUCCUCCUUGCCUUUACCCAAAGCCCCAAAAAACUCUGUUCUCUCAGUUAAAAAAGCCACAUCCUGUGAUCUCCAGCGCUGCAGCGGUCAUGGCAACUGCGUAACAGAAGGCAAAGUGACUCGCUGCCAGUGUACGGCUGGUUACAAGGGAGAGUCCUGUCAAGAGGCAGAAGCUGGAAAAAGCCACGUGGCUGUGAUCCUCGGUGUCCUCUGCCUCGUUGCCGUGUUGGUGUCUGUUGCUUUUAUUUUCACUAAAAGGAGAGCCGUGAGGAAAACCUGGACGUCCAUCAGACGCAAAUCCAUAGAGAAGGAAACGCUGAUGGCCAACAUGGGCCUGCCAUGUGAAAACUACGACUCAGAGUCCGAGGAGCUGGACUCCUCAGAUGUGAAGAACCCCCCGCUGGCGUUAAAGUCUUUACAGCUCAAAUAGAAGUUUUAUAUUCUGAAAUAUGUCAUCCAGUGACUGAUGGACUGUCUUUUGGUGCAAUAAAAGUGAAAAAAGAUUAACCAAAA